CCAGAGCAGCAGGUACCAGUGCGGAGCGUUCGGCUCAGGGAAGCCCCAAGAUGCAGCCGGAUAAGGAACAGAAGAGGAAGAGCUUGACACAGAGACUGGCCUUGAAAAGCAGCCUGGCUAAGGAGACGCUCUCUGAGUUCCUGGGCACGUUUAUCAUGAUCGUCCUCGGAUGUGGCUGUGUUGCCCAAGCCGUCCUCAGUCGAGGUGCUUUGGGCGGAAUUGUCACAAUCAAUGUUGGAUUUUCUAUGGCAGUCGUCAUGGCCAUUUAUGUGACUGGAGGUGUGUCAGGAGGUCACAUCAACCCAGCUGUGUCUUUUGCAAUGUGUGUCUUUGGGAGGAUGAGAUGGUUCAAAUUUCCAUUUUACGUGGGAGCCCAGUUUUUGGGAGCCUUUGUGGGGUCCGCAACUGUCUUCGGUGUUUACUAUGAUGGACUCAUGUCCUUUGCUGGAGGAAAACUGAUCAUCAUGGGAGAAAAUGCAACAGCAUUCAUUUUUGCAACAUACCCAGCUCCGUAUCUCUCUCUGGUGAAUGCAUUUGCAGACCAAGUACUGUCCACCAUGUUCCUCCUCAUGGUUGUCUUUGCCAUAUUUGACUCCAGAAACAUGGGCGUCCCCAGAGGCCUGGAGCCUGUUGCCAUUGGCCUCCUGAUCAUUGUCCUGUCUUCUUCUCUGGGACUCAACAGUGGCUGUGCCAUGAACCCAGCUCGUGACCUGAGCCCUAGACUUUUCACCGCUUUGGCAGGAUGGGGGUUUGAGGUGUUCACAGUUGGAAAUAACUUCUGGUGGAUCCCUGUCGUGGGCCCUAUGGUUGGUGCCGUCCUUGGAGGUCUUAUCUAUGUUUUGUUCAUCGAAAUCCACCAUCCCAACCCCGACCCAGACUUCGAGGAAGAACAAUCUGAGGACAAGCCAGAGAAAUAUGAACUGAGUGUCAUCAUGUAGUGGGAGGGGCUUGCUUCAGGAAUCACCCUCUGGUACUCUUCAGGAAAGAUGGUGUCUAAGUGUCUUGUAUUUUUGUGAGACAGGGAAUCCACCCAAUUUCCUGGUGGAAAAGUUUAGAGUAAGAAGAUACCUGUGUGAAGGUUUAGAAACACUGACUUCCUCUGUACCGGCCACCUCCCUCCCCCAGAAUAGCACUGACUGUCCUGACAGCUUUCUCUCCUGCCUUGUUUACUGAAUCCCUGGUGAGAAUUCUUAUUUAUAGGUGAUUGCUAAUACUUUGACCAUGGCCUUACUUUAUCCCAGCUGCAUUACCUGUAUGAAAUAAUGUCACAAAAAUCCCUUCAUCCUCAAUGUCUUCAAAUAUUGCAUUCUAAAUAUAAACCAAAACUGAAA